CCCCGACUGGCGGCGGCGGCGGCCCAGCGCGGCAGUCGGCGCUGCGAAGCGGAGGUGCUGCGAGCGGAGCCGCGCGGAGGGCGCGACUGGCGGGUUCGGGCAGCGCGGGUGCGCCGCCUCCCGAGCCCCGGUCCGCGCGCCAGGGCUCGAGCAGCACCGCGGGCCCCUUAGGCGAGCCUCGGCUCGGGGCGCCGGGACCAUGGCGCUGCGCGCCCGGGCGCUGUACGACUUCAGGUCGGAGAAUCCAGGCGAGAUAUCGCUGCGGGAGCACGAGGUGCUGAGCCUGUGCAGCGAGCAGGACAUCGAGGGCUGGCUGGAGGGGGUCAACAGCCGCGGCGACCGCGGCCUCUUCCCCGCCUCCUACGUGCAGGUGAUCCGUGCCCCCGAGCCCGGCCCGGCGGGAGACUGCGGCCCAGGGGCCCCGGCCCGCUACGCCAAUGUGCCCCCCGGGGGCUUCGAGCCCUUGCCCGCCGCGCCGCCCGCCUCCUUCAAGCCGCCGCCCGACGCCUUCCAGCCGCUGCUGCAGCCACAGCAGGCGCCGCCUCCGAGCACCUUCCAGCCGCCCGGCGCGGGCUUCUCGUAUGGCGGGGGCGCCCUGCAGCCGUCGCCUCAGCAGCUCUACGGCGGCUACCAGGCCAGCCAGGGCAGCGACGAUGACUGGGACGACGAGUGGGACGACAGCUCCACGGUGGCAGACGAGCCGGGCGCGCUGGGCAGCGGCGCAUACCCGGACCUCGACGGCUCCUCCUCGGCGGGCGUGGGCGCAGCCGGCCGCUACCGCCUGUCCACCCGCUCCGACCUGUCCCUCGGUUCCCGCGGCGGCUCGGCGCCCCCGCAGCACCACGCGUCGGGGGCCAAGAGCUCAGCCACCGUGAGCCGCAACCUCAACCGCUUCUCUACCUUCGUCAAGUCCGGCGGGGAGGCCUUCGUGCUGGGGGAGGCGUCAGGCUUCGUGAAGGACGGGGACAAGCUGUGCGUGGUGCUGGGGCCCUACGGCCCCGAGUGGCAGGAGAACCCCUACCCGUUCCAGUGCACCAUCGACGACCCCACCAAGCAGACCAAGUUCAAGGGCAUGAAGAGCUACAUAUCCUACAAGCUGGUGCCCACGCACACGCAGGUGCCUGUGCAUCGGCGCUACAAGCACUUCGACUGGCUGUACGCGCGCCUGGCGGAGAAGUUCCCGGUCAUCUCCGUGCCCCACCUGCCCGAGAAGCAGGCCACCGGCCGCUUCGAGGAGGACUUCAUCUCCAAGCGCAGGAAGGGCCUGAUCUGGUGGAUGAACCACAUGGCCAGCCACCCGGUGCUGGCGCAGUGCGACGUCUUCCAGCACUUCCUGACAUGCCCCAGCAGCACCGACGAGAAAGCCUGGAAGCAGGGCAAGAGGAAGGCUGAGAAGGACGAGAUGGUGGGCGCCAACUUCUUCCUGACCCUCAGCACGCCCCCCGCCGCUGCCCUUGACCUGCAGGAGGUGGAGAGCAAAAUCGACGGCUUCAAGUGCUUCACCAAGAAGAUGGACGACAGCGCGCUGCAGCUCAACCACACGGCCAAUGAGUUUGCGCGCAAGCAGGUGACUGGCUUCAAGAAGGAGUAUCAGAAGGUGGGCCAGUCCUUCCGUGGCCUCAGCCAGGCCUUUGAGCUGGACCAGCAGGCCUUCUCGGUGGGCCUGAACCAGGCCAUCGCCUUCACCGGAGAUGCCUAUGAUGCCAUCGGCGAGCUCUUCGCGGAGCAGCCCAGGCAGGACCUGGACCCCGUCAUGGACUUAUUAGCUCUGUAUCAGGGGCAUCUGGCCAACUUCCCGGACAUCAUCCACGUUCAGAAAGGAGCUCUUACCAAAGUCAAGGAGAGUAGGCGACACGUGGAGGAAGGGAAGAUGGAGGUGCAGAAGGCUGACGGCAUUCAGGAUCGCUGUAACACUAUUUCUUUUGCCACUUUGGCUGAAAUUCAUCACUUCCAUCAAAUACGAGUAAGAGACUUUAAAUCACAGAUGCAGCAUUUCUUACAACAACAAAUAAUAUUUUUCCAAAAAGUGACCCAGAAGUUGGAAGAAGCUCUUCACAAAUAUGAUAGUGUUUAAUGACUGGACAUUGGAUUGUGGACAUUUUUCAGUUCAAGGAUAAUUUCUACAGCAGAAUUAAAACUGGUAUCAAAGAGCUAUUGCCAGCUAUCAGUGGUGGUACAAGGACGGUUUUGUGUUCAACUGAAACCCAGCUGAAUUUAUAAUUAUGUAGGAAAUAAACAGUUAAUAUGGUUAUAUAAUAGAAACAGUACCACAUUGUAACUAAAUUAUACUAUGUAUGCCUACACUACCAUUGUAACUUUUGGAAUAAUGAUUAUACUAUUUGCCUUAUUGCUUUUUGAAGUAUGGGUAUUUUAGUGCAUACUUUGUAGACCUCAAAACCCAUGAAGGGUCUCAAAGAAGCUGGCUGGAUAAAGGCCUGCUGUGGAUGCCUUUUUACUCUCAUAGAUUGGGAUUACCUAAAUUCGACCUAUUCUCUGUUUACAAACUCCAACUAGAGCAGCUAUGCGACUUUGUGCCUUUAGACUCUUGGUUUUUCAUUUCUCCCAGUCCCUCCCUCAUCUUUUUAAAGUAAGUCACAGCUUUUCUGAUUGAAAGAGUGAAAGGCCAGUGCAUAUAAUGAUAAACUGAUGAUAACCUCAUAUUGGCAGUAGGGGAUGGGGGUGGGAGGAUCAGCUGUCAUCAAUUUGCACAGCAAGUAUUAUCUCCUGAUAAGAUGCUCGUGAAUGCAGGGGAGUGAGACUCAUUGCUCAUAUUUGGAUAUGAAAUCUAUUAGGGAAGAAAUGGUGCCACUAUUCCCUUAGAUGCAACAGUAGCAUAGCCUCUUCACCCAGGCGUCCCAAAAGCUUGGCAUGAAGAUUUCAGCAAACAUGUCUUACAACAUGAGAAGGAGGAGUCUAAAUCAGUCAGGGGAUAAAAGUAUCGCAUCAUUGACAACACACACUUGGCUUUAGUUCUUAGGAGGGCUUUGUUUUUGUUUUUCCCUUGAAGAUUUUCUUUUAAUAUUCAGUUUUUUAAAAAAAAAAUGGAUCUACACUGUUAACUGAUUGAGACUCCACUGUGAUUCACUCGUUUACUUAAAACUUUUCAGGGAUGUCUGUAAAUUUCAGUGUUAUAUGUCAUGAAAAAUGAUGUUGAUUGAUUUAAGGAGGGACCAGAAAUAAUUUUUGCUAUUCCAAAUACUGAAGGAAAAAAGAUAAUUGAUUUAUACUGUGUUUUUUUUUUUUUAAAGUAUUCAUAAGCCCCCAGGACAUUUAACCUUAAAAUUUAUUUUAAAUAUAUUCUUUUAUUAUUAUAAGGGAAAUACAGAUGGCUGAUAAAUACCAAAAAAAAUUGAAAAGCAGCUUAAUGUAAAAAGCACAAAGAGAUUCUGGCUUGCGGUGCCACAAUCUCAAUGUUUUUAUAGUUGCUGAGUUAACUAAUGUGAUUAUUGAGUGUAUACAGAUUUAAAACUGUCACUGUUAAAGUAUCUACUGUUUUUAUGAAGUCAAACUUAUGCUGCCUCAGAAGUCCCUGGGUACUGAGACAACAGUAACAUGGAAAUGAAGAGGCCACUUUGAAAUAUUGGUGAGUCACAAAGAUUAAAGAGAAGGAUCAGUUUGCAGAACUCAUAAAAAAGGGUUACUGAAAUAAUACUCAACAGCACAUUUAUUCUCUAAAAAGUAGUUUCAUAUGGGUUGAAUUCUUAAGAUCAGAUUAUCAUAAUUUUGGUAUUUGGUCAAAAUUUUGUACCUUUUAUUACUUAGAGCCAGAUUUAACAUCAUGAACAUUAUGUGGCUUUGUCUUUACUACAGAUAUGUGGAACUGUAACCAAAUAUAUUGUUUUCUAAAACCUGUUGGUUGCAAAAUACAGUUCUAUAAACAAAACCCAUAUGUAUAUAUAAAUGCUAAUUUUGCAGAAGUUUGGAAAUUAUAACUGUAGCAUUUAAGUUUGAGUCUGUAUUGGACAAAUAAGCACCAUGCUUUUCAAAUGAUUUAAAAAUUACUUUUAUUUGCCUCUUUAUUUUGAUGGUGGUUUGAUUUUUUUUUUAAUAGUAAAAUUACUAAACUUGUGCAAUGGUAGGAUGGAAAUUAUCUGAGGUAUAUUGUAUGAUUGUACUUUAGCCAGGGUGGACAUAGCUUAAAUUAUAAAAACUAAAGAUGAAAGUACAAGGAAGUAUAAGUAUAAAUUGAUGCUGCCUACUUCUAAGAGAACUUUCAUUCUUCAUAACCACAUAACAUUAUAAUGCCACUGAUUCAUAAGGGAUUUAAAUUAAUUCUGUGGGGGAGGACACUAGAAUUACUAGUGUUCAUUUUCAUCUAAGAUCUUUAUUCUCUAACGUUCUUGGUCCUAUUGAAACAUUGCAGUAUGCAAAAAUACUGCAAUGUUAAACCCAAGAGAAAAGCCAUUAUCAUGUGUAUGCUGGUCAUCAUGAUCAGUGUGGUACAAUUUUUUAAAAUAAACUAUCAUGCCCUUCA